UAGUACACUCUGCGAAAACAGUGAAAUAAGUAGUGAUUGGAACAUCUUUUUAAAUAAAGUAUUCAAUCAAUCAUGUAACAAUGAAAGCCUACUGGACAUGCCUUAUUUUUCUUUCUUUAGGAAGAGCUGGCUACCAAUGGACACCUGUCAAACCUGUUUACUUUUUCUUCUACUAGGAAACGUUUGGUUAUUAAACGCUCUUAAAUGUGGAAAUAUGUAUCUGAUUGGUGUUGAAAAAUGCCCAACUGAAACAAACUCAAAUCAAGAGUCUCAGAAUCACACAAAGGACUCUAAAAUUAAGGGAAAACUGUCUCCUGACAACGCACAAGGAUCUCCUGACAACGCACAAGAGUCCUAUGACAACUCACAAGGGUCUCCUGACAACGAAGGCGAGAAAUAUGGCAAUGUGCAAAUUUCGGAUGAAGGAGGAGAUAAGAAUAGAAUAGCUAUCAUAUGUACAUGUACAACUGUUGUAAUUGUUCUUUUAGGGACAGGAAGUGUUGUUGCAUAUCGAAAAAGACAUAUUUGCCUGCUAGGUGGGAGGUUAAAAUGCCAAAGGUGUCUGCCACUGGAAGAAAACACUGAAACUCAUGAUAUGAAUGAAUCUCAAGUACCUUGUAUGGCUAAUACGAUACAAGUAUGAUUCAUUUCAGGGGACAGAAGGCUUCAGAAAGUUCGCAAUGUGUAUCUAGUUAUAGAACUAAUUCCAUGGAGAUUUAAAUUAUUGAAUUGCAUGCUGUUUUAACCGUCAGUAUCUAAGGAAGCAUGAAACUAAAUCUGCAGCUUAAAAAACUUCAAAAUUUCUAUCAGCAGAAAAAACAAGCAGGACCUUUUCAACUUUUUAGCCAUGUUUAUAGAGUUUAUUUCGCAGUAUUUCCCCUAACAAAACAAACUACCGUUACCUGGUUGCUAUUGUUUAUUGUGGUAAAUCAAAGUGUCAAAGUUAUAACUAUAUUAAAUCAAAGUUUUCAU